AUGGCGAAAGAUGAGGCCACUCUUGAAAGAGAAAAGCUUGAAAAACUAGAAAAAUUGAGGCAGGAGUAGUCAUAAAUGACAUACCAAGACAAAAAUAGAAUCGAUGACAACUAAGGAUCUGCUUAUUUGGUAUCUUAGUUAGAUGGUGGUGCUGAAGAUGGAGAUGAACAGCAAUUUUAUAAAAAGCUGUUAUUUACAGUGCCAGAACACCCCAAGCCGAAGUAUCUCUACUACACUUCAGAGCUUUAGCAGUUCUUUAUAAAGCAAGCUGAGUAAUUAGAAUAAAAUCCAGAUCAAGACAAUAACUUCAUAUUUGGGGAAUUAAUGAAAAAUUAGAUUAUUAGAACUGAGUUUGAAAGAAUUGCAAGUAGUUUUGGAUAGGAAGCAUUCGAACUUAACAAAAUAGGUCUUAUUAACUUCAUCAAGAAGGGUAGACAGAACUACACCUAUGCAGUACAAUACUUUGGAGUCGAUGAAGGUUAGAUUGGUAUCUUGUCUAGAAAAGUACCCUAUGAUUCGUCCUAUAGAAGGCUUCAAAAUACAUUCAGAUUGCCAAGACUCACUCACGAUAUAAAAAUUGCUCAACCAAAAAAAGACAUAUAUGAGCAGGUUGAGGUUGAAUACAGUGAAGAGGAGGAAGUCAAUGUUGAAGUGGAUGCAUCAUCUGAUGAAGAUUUCGUUCCAAUUGUUAGUAAACCUAAGAAUUCUUAUGAUGUAGUUCAAGGCUCAAUCACUGGUGCUGAGUAUAAAAACUUGAGAAAAGAUUCAAAGCCUCUUGAAGAAGAAUAAAUAUAGAAGCCAGCUAUAAUUUCAAUUUCAACAGAAACAGCUAAAAAGAAGAAAAUAAUAAAGGAAAAGCGCAGAGUCAAGAAGAAGAAGACUAUCAGAAGACUAAAGGAGAAAAGAGUGGAGUCUCCUCCAAUGGAUUAAGAGUUAGGAAUAAGUUAAUCUUUAUAUAACAUGCAGAGUCAGUCUGAUGCUUCAUAGCUUCAAAAUGAUAUCGAAGUCAAAUCCAUUCAAUAUCUGUAGUCGAAUUAGUUGAGUGCUGAGUCUCAUUAGUAAAAAGCAUUUAGUGAAUCUAAAAAGCAAAGUAACUCAAGAAGUCAGCCCGACAUCAGAGUCACCAAUUCAAGGCAAAAAGCUGAAUAGAGCACUAUGGUCUUUUAGGAGAGAUCCAACGAGGAACUGAGAAGUCUGGAGAACAUUGUGGAUGAGAGCUCACCUUAUAUGAUAAAUUUCAGAGAACUGUUCAAACGAGUGGAGCUAUCUAACAUUCAAGACUCCAAGUUACCUCAGCCAGAGAGGUAUAACCAGUACUUAGUGCAUUAAUACUCUCUUCCUAAGGGUUUACAUGGUAUUAAGAGACAAUAAGUGCUCUCUGAGGCUGAGUAAUUUGACUAGGAAAGAUACUCGAAGAAAAAUGUCUAAUUGCACAUGGUCGAUAAAGGACUUUCUCGCAUGAAUUUAGGAGGGUAGACCUAUGGCCUUAAGGGGUCAAAGGUUAAGCCAUUAUAUUUCUAAGCUAACCCCACUAUGCCGUCUUAGAAGCAAUCAGGAUAUAACUCAUAGAACUAAAAAAGCAUGCUGAAUAGAAACUAGAGCAUGAGUCAGACUACUACAAUGGAUCUCCACAACUACAAUCAACCAAUCUUGAAUGCUAAGUACUCAUUAAACAUUGUAAACAAUAGAAAGCCAUUUAAUCAUAACAAUUUAAUGCUUGGCUCCGAGGAUAUCUCUGUUAAUCAGCAAUAUUUGAUUGGCAAUAAGAUGACAUAAAAUGCUGAUACCUCUCAGCUGUAGUCAGUGGAUUAAGGAAAGGCCUCUCAAAGGUCACACAUGCCAAGUGAAUCAGUUUAGUUGAAUCCAAUAGGAAAUCAUUAGUCCUAGAGAUCAAAUGGAAUAAAUGCGAAUCAGGAUGAAACUGAGAUCAAGGGCAGUGAAAUUUCUCUCAAUAACAUCAAUUAGUCUGACCAUUCGAUGCAGCAUCAAGCAUAUUAAAUGUAUAAUAUAGGCAAGACCAACACUGAGCCCUUGAGUAUAAACAUCUCGAAUCCUUAGAAUGAGGCUUCUUCUAUUAUCCAUUCCAAGAACUUCACGAUCAACCAGGGAUCUUUUCCCUAUGAUAAAGUUCAAAAUCAAAGUCAAUCCAUUAAGUAAAAUCUAAGCAUCUCUAACAACAAGCAAAGCAUGGCAACCAAGAAAAACAACCUAAUUAUUAAAAAUCUGGCUAGAAAUAAGAAAAUAGUGGACUAGGGUUAGGACGAGGAGAUGGAGAGUAACUUCCAAGUCAACAAGCCAGUGGGCAUCUUCGAGAAGUACACUGUGCCGAAUUAGUAGAUGUAAAGACCUCUUAAAUCAAUGCAAAGAAAUGCCUCUGAUGGAGCACUUCUAAAGUAACAGGGAUACUAAAUUGGCAAUACAAUGAAGAUAUCCUAUUUAAUGGAUACUAAGAAGAUGCUUAAUGACGGCUUUAAGAAGAAAAGAACUACCGCUGGAGGAGCUAAUCAAGAUUCAGACUCAGAAGAAGAUAACAUUAUAUUUAAUCAAUAAUCAAAGACAGUGAAAUAGCCCAUAAGAAUAAAGGAAAGCAUACAGUUGCCAUCAAUAAGAAGUACUUAACUUUCUUAAAAUCAUCCAGAUACAACUGGAUCUCAGCAGGAAGUAAGUCAUAAGUUAGUGAAUUAAUUUUAAAUUUAGUAGGAGCUAUUUCUAAAAAUGCUGAAUCAAAGAUAAAGUGAACUCAGAGGUAAUUAGUCAGAAAUGGGAUCAUAGCUUUGA